GGGCCAACAUGGAGGCAGUGGACGAAGACGGGUCGACGCCACUCCAUCUGGCUGCACAGCGAGGCGACGAGGCCACAUCGAGACUCCUCAUCGAGAAGGGGGCCAACAUGGAGGCAACUGCCAUAGACGGGCGGACGCCACUCCAUCUGGCUGCACAGCGAGGCGACGAGGCCACAUCGAGACUCCUCAUCGAGAAGGGGGCCAACAUGGAGGCAACUGCCAAAGAAGGGUGGACGCCGUUUGAUCUCGCAGCUCAGUAUGGCCACCAUGCUAUAUGUAGUCUCUUCCGGGGCUGUGAAUAGGGCGUCCAGUCCUCAUUUGGGGUUGCCGACGACGAGACGGAGUUGGUCGGUUUGAGGAGAAGAAGGACUACCAGCUUUCGAGCCGGCGAAAUGAAGACGGGUAUCCUACAGGGGCUGAUAUGGAAUGGGACACUGGGACAUUGCAGGCGGCUGGAUUUCAGUGUUGUUGUGUGGCUUUGUGAAUUUGGUGGAUUUGUCGGCGUGUGGCUUUGUGGCUUUGUAGCUGUUUGGCUGUGUGGCUGUCUGCGUUGCAUGAUUGUGUAUAAGACGAAGAUAACUGUGAUCGGACAUUA